AUGAUGUGCACAUUUCUGGUCUUAGCGGGAGUAGUAUCUCUCACUAUAUACGCCCUGUGGCUGGCUUUAUCCGCCUGGAAGACCGCACGAUAUGCCCUGAGACUCGGAUGCAAACCCGCCCCUAUGCAUCCCAGCACGGAUCCAUGGGGAAUAUCGGACCUACUUGAGAUCUGGCAGGCGGACCGCAAGGGGUGUGUCCUCGGGGCCAUAUAUCAGCGAGUAGAGAGGACCUCUGCCCAGGAGGGUCGCAGAGUCUCGACCUUCUCCAUUCGCCAGAUUGGCGAGAAGAAUCUGUUCACCUGCGACCCCAUCAAUAUAAAAACAGUCUUAGCAACCAAGUUCAAGGAUUUUGAUCUCGGAGGAGCGAAAAUUAAGGGGAUUCGCCCCCUCCUAGGGAACGGCAUUCUCGUUUCCGCCCACGCGGGCUGGACCUAUGCGAGGAGGCUCUUGCGACCCCACUUCGAGCCGGAACACAUCAGCCACCUUGAUCGUGAGGAGCGUCAUGUACAGAAAGCAAUGCUAGGCCUUUCCAUAGUCCAAGAUCGCUGGACUGCCGUUGUGGACCUCCACAGCCAGGGGACGACAGAUCUAAAUGGUGAUUUUGCGGAUAACUUCGACCUUGCACAGCGGUACUGCGUAGGGCGAACCGCCCUCGGGAAGCUGUACUGGCUCUUGGAUGGACAAGAAUUUAAGCACAGCUGUCAUCAUGUUCAUGCCUUCAUUGACCAGUUUGUUGAACCGGUGAUGCAGACCCGGAUGAAGCAGAGCAGCCAGGGACUGAACUCGUCGACAUUCCCCACCACAAUCCUCCAUGCGUUAGCAGGCACGACACAGAGCCUGACAGAUAUUCGAUUCCAGCUUCUCAAUCUCCUUUUCGCCGGGCGAGACACAACAGCAACCUUGCUGAGUUGGACGAUGCUCCAGCUGGCGCGGCAUCCAGUUGUUCUCCAAAAGCUGCGUCAAGCAAUUCUUGCCAGGUUUGGCCACUACAAUAACCCGCAAAACAUCACAUUCGCGUCCCUUAAGGACUGCCAAUAUCUGCAGUGGUGUCUCAAAGAAGUCCUCAGACUUUAUCCGCCCAUUCCAUUGGACCACCGCACUGCCAUUCGGGACACCGUUCUUCCUAAAGGUGGGGGUAGCGACGGUGAGUCUCCGGUAUUUGUGCAGAAAGGGCAGUCUGUGAUGUAUCACCCUCAUGUGCUGCAUCGUUGCCCGAAUAUCUGGGGGGAUGAUGCUGCACGGUUCGAUCCGGAUCGAUGGUUGGAUAUCAGGCCUGGGUGGGGUUACCUCCCGUUCAACGGCGGGCCCAGAAGCUGCUUAGGGCAGCAGCGAGCCCUGACAGUGGCCUCCUAUGUACUGGUGCGGCUACUUCAGCGGUUUGAUCGCAUCGAAGAUGUACAGAUGUCCUCGGAGACCCGUCACCGGGUGGCUUUAGUCACUCAUCCAGCAGAUGGGUUGAUGGUGAGAUUGCACGAGGCCAAUGGUGAAAUAGAUUAG